UUGGCCUGCUCCCGUACGGCAUUGACAUUUAAUAUUUUUUGUCAUUUUUUCCAAUUUUUUUUGAUGAUUAAUAAAACAAAUCGCUAUCCACAAGAUAUUUUAACAUCUUUUACUGUCAUAAUUUUAUUAAAUCUAAAUUUAAAAUUUUCUUUUUUUAACGUCUGGCUUGUUUCACAUAAUUUUUACGCCGCUCAUAAAUUCACAUUUCUUUUGAUGUUCUUCUUUUCAUAA